UGUUAUUGCCGACGCACUGACCUUUAACCUCCGUCUGCUGGUUAAUUGUUUUGAUUUCUCACGCUGUCGUUAUUGUCAUAUAUAUUUUCUUACCAGAAUUUUUUAUUAAUGUUAAAACGCCGUAUCGUUGACGUUUCGCUCAAACUAUUAUAAUGACGUAUCUGGCAAAGUCCAGAGUUCCUGAAAAUGCUGAUGGUUUUUCUGCUAUAAGCUAACGUUAGCCUGCAGGCUAACGUAACGCACGUAUCUUUGGUAACAACCAUGACGACGAGAAGGAGCUCCGUCUAGAAGCGAGCGACCAGACAUCAGAUCGUACCGAUUUCCUGUUGUACAUCAUUGACUUGCGGGAUUAUCCUUGUUUUUUGUCAGGCUCGCUAGUAAACAGAAUCCCAGACCUCGUUGGUCUACGAUUAAACUGCCGAGUUUGACCAGUGUAGUUGGCGUUUUGUUCAAUGGGGGAGGAAAAACCGGAUACACUGGACUUUGUGAAGGAUUUCCAGGAGUAUUUGAGCCAGCAGACUCAACAUGUCAACAUGAUAUCCGGCUCUGUCAGCGGCGUCAAGGAGGCUGACGAGCUGCCAGCAGACUGUAGUCAGAAUGGCCUGGAUCACCCUUCAGUAGACAUAUCGUUGGAGGACAACUCUGGGAUCCUGGUGGACGGUUUUGAGAGGACCUAUGAUGGCAAACUCAAGUGCCGCUACUGCAACUAUGCCACCAGAGGCACAGCACGACUCAUUGAGCAUAUCCGAAUUCACACAGGAGAGAAACCUCACCGCUGCCACCUGUGCCCAUUUGCCUCAGCCUAUGAGCGCCACCUGGAGGCCCACAUGCGGUCCCACACAGGUGAGAAGCCAUACAAGUGCGAGCUGUGCUCUUUCCGCUGCAGCGACCGCAGCAACUUGUCGCAUCACCGGCGCAGACGCCACAAACUCCUACCGAUGAAGGGCGCUCGGUCACUUUCCCAUAAGAAGAUGCUAAGUGUUUUACAGAAAAAAGCUAGCUCUCUGGGAUACGGACGAAGGCUCCUCGUCAACUUUAGCCCCCCAUCAAUGGUGGUGCACAAAGCGGACAAUGUAAACGACUUCUCCCACGAGCUGCCACACCUACACCAGGAAACCUAUGAUGAUCAGAAUCGAGUGGUUGAAGAUGAACUCUCCGCUAAUCAAGGUCAUCAUCCUCGGGAUAUGGUGAUGGAUAAUCCACUCAAUCAACUGUCCACCUUGGCAGGCCAGUUGGCCAGCCUCCCUUCGGACUCCCACGCUCAGACUCAACCUCCCAUUUCUCCGGGAGCAGAUUCUGUUGUGGACGAGAAGCCGUUCCUCAUCCAGCAGCCACAUCCUGCCACAACUCCUGUGGCUGUCACGGCCAGCAUGACUCAUGCUUCUUCCUCUUCCCCAAUAACCCCAGAGCCCCGGGCUCCACCGCAAAGUAACUGCAGCCCAGGCGGUGGGCCGUGCAGUGAGCACAGCGGGCGCACCAGCACUCCGAGCAUCUCCAACAGCCAACCCAGCACGCCCGCCCCAGGGCUGCCCACCCCACUUCACGAUCCUCACAUGCUUCAUCACUGCCAGCACUGUGACAUCUACUUCCCAGACAACAUCUUGUACACCAUCCACAUGGGAUGCCAUGGCUACGAGAACCCAUUCCAGUGCAAUAUCUGUGGCCACAAGUGCAAGAGCAAGUAUGACUUUGCGUGUCACUUUGCACGGGGGCAGCACAAAUGAAGGCUCAACAAGAAAGAGAGAAAAUGGACAAAUUUGGUUUAUUCCACAAAGAAAUAAUAUUUAUUGUUUUUUCACUUGGCCUUUUAUGUAGCUCAGUCUGUGAACAGGAACUUGUUACCACAUGUCUCCAUGUUUACAGUUUUAUUAUGUAGUUAAAGGUGCCCAUUCCAGUGUAUUAUAACGGAAUAAUCAGUGUUUAUGACAGAUCUAUACUGUCAUCUACUGCCAGGAACUUAAAGGCAUUGAUUUCACAGAAAGUCAAAUGAGCUUUUAGAGUAGCUUGUUGGGUUAUUUUUUUCUCAAUUGCUUUGAAGGGGGAAAAAACACUUUGAGCCUUACUCUAAACCUAUAAAGUCAACAGAUUGGAAAUGUUCACAAGUAAUCACAUCCAGAUCUCAUUUUUAGAAGCUUUCCUGUUGGUAAAAAUGAAGAGCUUAGCUAACAGAAAAAUCAAAGUAUAUUAAAAAAAUGAAGGAACUAGUUAUCUUUUAUUUUCCAGUAUAAGUGACCCUCAACUGUUCUGGAGAGACACCUUUUUGAUGCUCUAAUGAUAUGAACUUGAACUGACUGGCCUUGAGUGAUGUUUUUUUUUUUUCAAAUAUACAUAAUGUUUUUUGCCUACUUCAAAGUUUAUUUCUUUUGCAGUGCCUAAUUAGUCAUUGUCUUUAUUGUCAAAGCUGAAAAGGACUGUUUCAAAAAUAAUAAAUUUGAUAUGGUUACAAUAAAAAAGUGGAUGAGCCAAAACCUUCUGAACGAUGGACUGGCUAUUUUAUUAGUUUUUUUGCUUUGUUUUUCUUUCUUGUGAAUUGGGCCAAAAAUCUCCUGCUGCUGAGAGACGAGACUUACUCUGCGUGUAUAACAUCGACUGUAAAAUCUGGCCAAACCUUUCCAUCUGUAACAGUUUAUUUUUAUUUUUUUGCCCUGUGCUCUUGUUUACUGUUCUCUUUGAAGCUGCUAUAUGCAGCCAUCUUUACCGUCUGUAAAGAUGUUGGUGUGAUGUUGCGUUGGUAUCCAGCUUCUCCAAGUUUGAGGACAGACUGAAUAUGUCUCAUGUAAAGACUUUUUCCAAAAUGCCACGUAGCUGUCCAGUUGCCACGUUUGGACUUUGUGAAAAUUCCCACCAGUCAUCUAAAUCUGUGCUUUAAAAAAAAUACGGAGUAUUGUUUCAUGAAUAAUUGGAUAGAUGUUCUGUGUCAAAUGAGUACAAUUGUAUUGCAGUGAAACUGCUACUUUAGCAAGGUCGUCUUUGUCUUGGCUCCUGUUGUCUGUUGCUUAGCAACCCAUGUUAAUGUCUUUUUAGAUGCAUGUCCUUGGUGCUGUUCUUGCAGUGAUGGGGACAUUGGUAACAGUUGCCUUAUGCUCUCUGUGUGGUAGAUUCAUGAAAAAUACUAAAGCCUUCUCACAUUAAGAUCUCGAAUAGUAAAUUGUUCAAUUGUGAGAUAAAUUCUGUUGACUAAUUUCUAAGUGUUUUCUAACCUAACUUUGCCUUAAGUUUUUUUUUCUUUCAUCUUUUUGGAUUAAAAAGAAAUGGAUUGAAUAAUUA